AUAUAAAUCGCCCAUGUCACUAUCAAAAAAGGACAACAAGAGAUAUUAGUUACAGGGCAACAAGAUGACUCUUCAAGGAUCCAACGUGCUCCUCACUGGAGCUUCCAUGGGAAUCGGCUCCGCCAUUGCCGAAGCACUCGCUGCGAAAAGCGCGAAUUUGAUUCUUUUCUCCAGAUCCGAGAAUAAGCUACAGAGCCUCGCGGACAAAAUCAAAGAGCAGCACGCAACCAAAGUGAUCUACAAAGCAGUCGACAUCCAAGACUACACUGCCGUCGAAAAUGCUGUUAAAUCUAGUGUGCAGGAACUCGGCCAGGUCGACAUAUUGGUCAACAAUGCUGGCCUAGCCCUCGGCGCCCCAUCCGCAUUCCACGACCUCCGCAUAUCAGACAUCCUAGCCAUGAACAAUACCAACAUCAACGGCCUCAUGUUUGUAACUCACGCAGUCCUCAACGCCUCAAUGAUCACCCGCAAAGCAGGCACAAUCCUCAACAUCACCUCCGUAACUGGUCUCGAGGUCCCUCCAUUCCCAGGCGAAGCAGUCUAUCACUCAAACAAGGCGGCACAGGAGGCCUUCACGAAUGCGUUGCGCAACGAGCUGAGCGGAACGAAUAUCCGCGUUAUGGCGCUGCGACCUGGUUGUGUGGCAACGAAUUUCCAUUCGCAGCGUGUUGGGCAUGACAAAGAGAUGUAUAAUAGCUUCUUCGAGGGGUUUCAACCUCUGGAACCAAUGGAUAUCGCAGACUCAGCUGUUUAUAUGCUGGAGCAACCGUUGAAUCGAUCGGUGAAGGCUCUUGAUGUUGUUCCUUCUGCGCAACGAUCGUUGACUGUGUUUGACCGGGAGUGGAAUAAGAGAAAUGCAUAGUCUGGGUUUGACUAUUCUUCUCUUUUAACUGAUCAUUUUGUGUCUGUUCAGCAGUAAGACAUUUGUUUUUAUACAUGGCACUCUUUGAAACGGCUCUCUCCUAUAAAGAACCUGCCGACUUCUUGAAACGGGAAGCAGCCAUGGAUAAGAUUGGCUGGGACAGUUUUGAGUAAAUCCUAAUCCGAAUCCUGAAACGGGUGAAACGGAUAAGCCAAUAAG